AUGGUUGUUCUCUCUGAUCUUUCAGAAGGAUCUUCAUCUUCUUCAUCAAUUCAAUGUCAUAGAUAUGACGUGUUUUUAAGUUUUAGAGGUCUUGACACUCGUCAUAGUUUCACAAAUCACCUUUAUAAUGCCCUCGUGCAUGCCAAUAUCACUACCUUCUUGGAUGAUGAAGAGAUUGAAACAGGGGAAGAUCUUAAACCAGAAUUGGAGAGUGCAAUUAAAGCAUCUAGGGCUUAUGUUAUUGUGUUGUCCAAGCAUUAUGCCACUUCAAGGUGGUGCCUUGAUGAGUUGGUGCUAAUCCUUGAGCAACGAAGGACAUCCAACCUUGUUGUAAUCCCCAUCUUUUAUCAUGUUGCACCCACCGAUGUCAUGAAGAAAGAAAGUAGUUUUGGAGAUGCCAUGACUAAGCAUAGACGGAUGAUGGAGGCAGAGACAAAUGCAGAUAAAAGAAGUAAAUGGGCUCAAAAGAUAGACCUAUGGAAUAAAGCGCUUUCGGAAGUUGUAGAUUUGAAAGGGAUGGUUGCAAAUGGCAGGCUAGAGGUGGAGCUUAUUGACGAAAUUGUUAAUGAAAUCUUUCGUAGAUUACACAUAUCCUCAAGGAUGCCACUUCCACACCUUAUUGGGAUGGAAAAUUCCGUUAAAUUUGUCACCUCAUGGUUGAAAGAUGCCUCUUUACAUACAACAAAUAUACUUACUCUAUUCGGUUUUGGUGGGAUCGGGAAGACGUCUUUAGCCAAAUAUGUCUAUGUGCUACAUUCUCAUGAAUUUGCCACAAGCGGAUUCAUUGAAGAUAUCACUAGGAGAUGUGACGAAAAAUCUAAUGGAAUGUUUGAUGUACAAAAGCAACUCUAUGAUGACAUUUCAAAACCAAUUUCAGUUGAAGUUCAUGAUAAUUCUUUAUACACAUCAAUGAUAGCAAAUGUACUAGCAAAAAAAAAAAUGUUUUUAGUUCUAGAUGAUAUUAGUACACUCACCCAACUCGAUAGCUUACUUCGAAGUGAAGGUUUUCAUGCAGGAACCAAAAUACUGAUAACAACAAAAGACUCAUGGUUGACAAAGAGUUGUGCACUAUUCAAAACGAACAUAAAACCCAAACAUGCAAUGUACAAGCUUAAAGGCUUAUCUGAGAUCGAUUCACAAAAACUUUUGUGUUUUCAUGCAUUCAUGUGCAACGAUCCCAAGGAGGGUUACGAAGAGAUGUCAAAAGAGCUAGUGAAGUAUUGUGAAGGACAUCCAAUGGCUCUUGAAGUUUUGGGGAAGUGUCUACAUAAUCGAGAUCUAAUUUACUGGAAGGGGUACAUAAAAGGGCUAAAGAAAGAAAACGGCCCCCCUAUAAGUAAUGUCUUGAGAAUGAGCUUUGACUCUUUGUUGUUCAAAAAUGAUAAAGACUUGUUUAAGCAUAUUGCUUGUUUUUUUGUUGGAAUGGAUAAAGAUGUUACUAAAACAAUAUUAGAGGCAUGUGAUAUAGACACAAGAUCUGGGUUCACGAAUCUUAUUGACAAAUGCCUCCUUAGUUUGAGAUGGAAUAAUGAAUUGAUGAAUAUCGAAUUAAUUAUGCAUCAAUUGGUUCAAGAGAUGGGAAGAUUCCUAGCACGUAAAGAAGCACUUGACAAUCCAUGGGAACAAAGUCGAUUAUGGUGUCAUGAGGAGUCACUCAAAAUGCUGAAAGAAAAAAAGGGUAUAGAAAAUGUUCUAGGCCUUGCCCUUGACAUGAGAAUGCAUGAGAAAGAGACCUUAAAUGGAUCAUCUGCUUUGAAAACAAAUGUAUUGAGUAAGAUGGAUAGGCUAAUGCUUCUACAACUCAAUUAUGUGCAAAUAACCGGCUCAUACAAGAAUUUUCCAAAAGAAUUAAGAUGGUUGUGUAUGCAUGGGUUCCCUUUGAAGUCUAUACCUUCAGACUUGCCAAUGGAAAAUCUGGUUGCUCUUGACAUGUCAUAUAGUAAUAUAGAAUCAUUUGGAAUUUGUUACAGUUAUCCACAACGACUUCAUAAGAGGCUAAAGCAAUUGAUUGGAUCAUGCUCAAAAGAAAAAAGGUUGCUCGGAUCGUUGAAGAUUCUUAAUUUAAGUUUCUGUGAACAACUCCAUACUCUUGGUGGCUUUAGCCACUUCCCUAAACUUGAGAGGUUAAUACUUAGAGGUUGCAUUGGUUUGCUUGAGGUUUGUGAGUCAAUUGAUCAAUGCGUUGAACUUGUCCUCAUUGACAUGAGCUACUGCAACAAGCUUGAAAAGCUUCUAAGAAGCAUAGGCUUAUUGAAGAAGGUUAAAACAUUGUUGCUAAAGGGAUGUAGUCUCGGUGAAUCUCAAAUCAAGAUUAGAGAUACAAAUUCAAUGAUACAACUCAAGAGUAGCAUUGGCACAAACACAAAGACAUCUUCCUCUGUGGUUCUUGAGGCUAUACCAAGUGAUUUGAAGUUCUUUACGAUUCCUUUACCAAGAUCUUUAGUAAGGUUGUCACUUGCCGAUAACAAUUUGUCGACUGAAUCCUUUCCCGUGGACUUUAGUUGCCUAGUCAUGCUAAAGGAGUUAUAUUUAGACUACAAUCCUAUUGUUUCGCUGCCGAGUUGUGUGAGAAGCCUUCCUAUGAUUGAGAUACUCAGUAUGGUAAACUGUAAUAUGUUGAUGUCGGUCGAGCAUCCUCCACAUACACUAAGAUUUAUGCAACUCUAUAAUGAUUCUAAUAAGCCUAUGCUACGAAAAGUUGUAUUUGAUCCUGAAAUGUCCCAUUUCGAGCUUGUAAUAAACCGGAAUUUGUUAGCAUCUUCUUCAUUUGAAAUUAAUGGCUUAGUCAAAAUACAAUCAAUGGAAGGUGUUGAGGAAACGGUAUUACGUGCACUGGGUUGGACGAAGCUAGACUUUCUUAUUGGAAGGCGCUUAGGAACUUAUUUUGACGGUAGAAGAGAGGAAUCUGAAAUCCAGGUUUGCUCUAGUCAACUAUAUGUCUCUGUGAAUAUCUAUGCAUAUAUAAUUAUUGUGGUGAUUAAUGAAGGUGGUUGUAUUUGGCAGAUGUUUUAUGAAUUUGGAAUAUUCAGCACAAUCUAUGGAGGUGAAGAGAUGCCGAAUUGGAUUACGGAGAAAAGCAUGGGCCCAUCAAUAUCAUUUACCAUCCCAUCAUCUCCUAACAACCUCAAAGGAUUGAAUUUCUGUUGUGUGCUGACAUGUGGAUCUAUAGAGGAUGAGUUCCUUGGUGUUCCGGUUAUCAUAACUAGUAAUAUAACACAGAACCGCACCUGGAUAUAUGAACAUUACAUUGACAGAUUAUUUAAUGUCGGUGUAAAGUCUUUAACAUUGUUAAGCCAUUGGAUGUUUGGGAUAAAUGAGAUGGAAUGUGGUGACAAAGUUACUAUUGCUGUGACGUGGAACCCAUUACUUUUUGCUAAUGAAGUUACAAAGGAGUGUGGGGUUAGUUUUGUGUAUGAUGAUGGAGACACAGAUGGAGAAGAUGCGUUGUCUUAUUACAAGUCAUGGAAUCACAUUAUUGGUGGAGAUCUCACAGGAUUUCAGGUAACAACCGGAGAAUACAUCCUAAACAGAAGCCGAAUGCCACUACCUUACAUUGACAAGAAUCUACUCAAAUAUGAUAAUUGUAUGGAGAAGGCGCCCUGA